AUCAGAUCCUGGAGGGGUUCCACCGAUGUGGGCGUAUCGAACAUCUGAUGGUGGGGGGACAGACAGGGGCUGACUUGGAGAGGGUCGCGGAAGUCAGGAGGAUGUGUCGACACAAGUAUAUAGAGAUGGAGCCAGGUGACGCCCUCUUCUUCCACUGCAACCUCCUGCACAGCAGCGGCAUCAACAACAGCUCCAUGAGACGGUCGGUCCUCAUCUGUGCCUUCAACAAGGCCACCAACAACCCGGUCUAUGAACAUGAAUACCCGCAGUAUACUAAACUAAACAAGGUUCCAAACAGCGCCAUCAUUGACUGCAACAACAACUUCACAGACGUUACGGGGAAAAGCUUUGUUGACCUCCGAAAGGACAAAACUGUCAAAGUUGCAGUGCAGUAGAGGGUCAGGGUCAAGGUCACGUCGACGUUCGAGAUACCUUGUAGUAAUCGACUGAGAAGGUCGUUUCAAAACUAAUUGUUUGCAACGAAUAAUUAUUGUGUAUAAAAAUGAACAUUCUUGGACAAGUGACAGUUACACUCUGUUGCAACUUGUAUUAUAUGCAGAUCUAAAUAAUAAUAAUAUAAUAAUAAUAGAACACUUGUAAUAUAUCCGCUCACAGCGCACAGAGAGAAGAGAGUUGAGAGAAGAGAUAGGUCUUAAGUGACCUAAAAAGAGUCAAGUCUCUCCGGUUUUGUGGCAGGCUGUCCCAUAGGAUUGAUGCUGCAUAAGUAAAAGUCAUUUUUCCAUGUUGUGGUGUUCUUAUUUUCUUACUUAAAUCAAGUUUCAUAGAUCAUGCAAUCGAGAGAGGUACAGGUGUCCAAUAAAAUUAUUAUUUUUA